GGCACCGCGUUUAUUCCAUCUAUGAGUACUUCACUCGACAUUUAUGGCCAGCGGAGAAAAGAGUACUCAGGGAAUACAUCCACAUGUCUGUCUUUUGUCUCAAAGAGACAUUUUUCGAGGCCCAUCCACAAUGAGUCUGUAAAUUUUCUGGGUAACCUACGUUCAUGUGGAGAAAAACCAGUAUAUGGGACGCGGUAUUCUCGGAGCUCUUACACAUUUCAUUCACCCUCAGUUCUCCGCCGAACUAAUACCACUUCCAUCCCGAUUUCAAGAAUGACAAACCUUCCAAAUUUAACCCAUUCGGAAUCAAAAGGGUUGCUGAAUUUAACGUCUAAACCCACAAUCCACCGAGAUUCUUACCCAACAUGGUCUAGAGCCAAAGAGAACGGCCUUGGCGAUAUGAGUAGCAAUCACAAGCUCUAUUCUCCAAACAGACACCGAAAUAUUCGGGAGUAUUCCUUGAAACCUCAGACGGAUGGCAUCAACGCUUCUUCGAACUGCUCACUGGACUUUUCCAAGUAUUUGACCACGCGCUCGGUUGAAGAUCAAAGAGACCUAAGAUCGAAAAUUGACCGUACGGCGUCAUCCGAACUGGCCACACUGAAUCUCAACGACAAUCAUUAUAAUGCAACUCCGCCAACGUCCCCUCCUCCGGUGGCCGCUAGGACAAAGUGGUCCUCGUCUGGUUGCAAAGGCGGUGAGGGCCAGUCAUCAGCAGCUGAGUCUGCGCUGUCGAUCUGCGAUGAGCUCCCUUCCUCUACAGCGCACUUAAAUCACCUGUCAUCCGAACCUUGCAGUUCAACAGAGACAAGCAACAGUAGUAACAACAGCAGUGCUCCCCGGUGGUCUAAUGUAUCACGCACCAGCCCGUCGUCAACUUUUCCCGCAAAACCUAUCCAAACCGGAAAUCACUGUGUUCAUCCCAAUGGCGGACUGGUUGGAUUGAACAAUUUGGGAAACACGUGUUUCAUGAACUCCAUAAUCCAGUGUUUGAGCAACACUCAUCCGUUGCUAGAAUAUUGCAUAUCCGAACGAUACGUGAAUGACCUAAACAAAUCCAGCACUAUGCGCGGAAACCUAUUUACGGCCUACGCCUCUUUGAUGAAUGAGCUUUGGGAUCCAGAGAUGUUCGAAUCUUCCACCAGUCCAAUGCAAUUUAAAACACAAAUCCAGCGGUUUGCGCCCCGAUUCGUGGGUUACUCGCAGCAAGAUUCCCAAGAAUUUCUACGCUACGUUCUCGAAGGACUACACAAUGAAGUCAAUCGAGUGACAAAGCGCCCUCAUCCCGUUACUCCGGAUUAUGCAGCGGAAGACAAAUUGGCUGAUCGAGACAAGGCCGAUCUCUACUGGAAGCGGUAUUUGUCAAUGGAUAACAGCGCAAUUGUGGAUCUGUUCGUUGGACAGCUAAUGAGCACCUUGGAAUGUGCUGAAUGCGGGUUCAAGUCAACUACCUUUGAUCCGUUCUGGGACUUGAGUCUACCCAUCCCAAAAAAGGCCAAUGUAAAUAUCAUGGACUGUCUACGGUUGUUUACCUCUAAAGAGGAUUUAGAUGGACACGAAAGACCAAUGUGCGGUCGUUGUAAAGUACGGCGGAGAUGUACGAAGCAUUUCUCCCUUCAGAAGUUCCCCCAUUUAAAACGUUUUUCUGGUGAACGUUUCCGGUCCAAAAUGUCCGUUCUUGUGGACUAUCCUCUCAACGAUCUGAAUCUGUCGGAAUUCGCCUCCCCGAGCUGUCAACAGCGGUAUGCCCGAUAUAAUUUGUACGCGGUCUCCAAUCACUCAGGAAGUGUUUACGCCGGACAUUACACGGCCAUAUGCAGACAUCACUAUCGGAACUCCUGGUAUGACUACAAUGACAGUCGCGCUUUGAGGUUACUUGGCUUACCCGCUUUGGUUUUGUUCAUACAUUCACAGGUCAACAGCGGUAUGCCCGAUAUAAUUUGUACGCGGUCUCCAAUCACUCAGGAAGUGUUUACGCCGGACAUUACACGGCCAUAUGCAGACAUCACUAUCGGAACUCCUGGUAUGACUACAAUGACAGUCGUCCGCUUUCAGGCAGUCUUCAAUACCGUCCCACAGAUUCAUUUUGAACAACAACCCUUUAACGUGCGUUUCAUGAGAACCGGCCACCAUUCCAACCUAAUUCCCCACCUUCCGUGUGGUUCAUGUAGAUUUCUCCCAACUCGUCCAGCAGAUUUCAUUCACUACACUUCUCCAAACUACUUUCAACCUACCCUAUCCGCACUCGCGGCGUAG